UAAGUGAUAUCGAAUGAAAAAUGCGUUAUGGAAACAGUAAAAUUCGAUUAAAUUUCACGAAUAUCGACUCAAAAGAAAUACGUUCGAUCUCAUCGGAUUUUAUCUUGAUCGAUUUAUGGCUUAUGCGAUAAACGCCGAUGGAAACGUUAUUUGCCGAAUAAAUAAUGAUUUGCGAUUAAGGUUUAGGUCCUUUUAUGGUUGCAACCCGCCACAAAACGAAGAAGAAGUUGUUUUAUGUCAUUUCCGCCCAGUAUUUCCGCUCUGUUUGCACAAAUGGCGGGUGUCAACAAAGACAGAUGUAAGUGGACAAACGAGGAGACGAGAUACUUUUUAAAUUUAAUUUACGAGAGAAACAUAACGGCUAUUUUAGACAGCAAAAAUUUAAGAAAUGCAAUCAUUUAUCAGGAACUGGCGAAAGAAAUGUCAAACAAUGGUUACGACAACAAGCCGUGGGACGUCCUCCGGAGUAAAUGGAAGGCGCUCAAACAGCGAUAUAUGUUUCAAAAAAGACAGUUAUCACGCAGCGGUGCCGGAGGGAAAAUAAAAGGCAAGUUCGACUUUUUUGAUGAGAUGGAUCAGAUCCUCGGCCAAAGACCCAUCGUAGCUUCCUUGGAUUCUAUUAUUAACAGCUCAGCCGAGACUUCAAUUACUGAUGAUAAGAGCAAUGAUGAGGGAGAGGUUACAGAGUCCGUUACAGAAGAGUCAGGAGAUGGAACAUGCAGCUUGAGUGAUGCCAGCGUGUCAGCAACCACGGAAGCACUAGACAAAUCCUUGCCCAUUGAAGAACCGGCCACACAGAGUAACCCACCAAGAUUAUGGCAACGCCAGUCAAAGAGAGACCAAAGAAAGAAUGAUGCCGGGGAGAUGAGAUCCUUCUACAUGUCCUUUCUCGAUCAACAACGUGAGCAGGCAGCACAAGAUCAAAAAUCAUUGGAGUCCAUCACCACGGUCAUUUCACAGGCAGUUCAGUGUCUUGAGCGGUGUGCCAAUGCUGCCGAGAGGCAUGCAGAAGCCACUCAAGUCAUUGCUGACAUGAGCCAACAACAAAAUAGGGUCAAUUACAGUACAUUUCAAGGCCAACACCGAUUUAACUACCACCACGCUCCACAUCCACCCACUCCCCAACCACCCACAUCUGAUGCUGCACACUCACCUCCUCACAUGGAAUCUAGCUUGCCAUUCACUGCUUAUCUUAACUUACCGUAGAGUAAGUUGUUAAAGGUGGAGUCAAUAAUUCUGGACAAUGCUUGUUGUCAAAAUCAGUAAAUAUCUCCUCACGAUCCGCUAUCAGAGCCUAGGCUAUGUAUUAACACUGGACUUUUUUCAGCACACACAAACAGACAGGUAGUGGAUCAUGAGGUGAUAUUCACUGAUUUUAACCAAAAGUUAUUUUGACAACAAGCUUUCUCCAGAACUGACACCACCUUUUUAAGAGCCAAAUCAUUCUGUGAGGGGAAUACAGUUCCAGAAUUUGUUACUGAUUUACUGAUUUGUUACUGUUUUCUUAAGUGUAUCUUAAAAUGGCACAUUUUUUUUAAACUAAAAUGGCACUUUGGAUGUUACUGAAAGUUUUAUUCAGUUGUAUUUUUAAAUGGCACUUUUAGUGUGUUUGUACAGGAGGGUAGGGGAAUGUUGUAAGUACUUUGAAUGUUGUAAACCUUAAACACACUUUAAGAGAGUUAUGAGAGCUAGGAGAAAAGUUAUUGACUUUGUUUAGUAUUUUAAAAUACAGAACAAUUAAUUGAGCAUUGAGUGUUUCUUUUGAAUUGUACAAUGUGGAACUGUUUACAUUAUAUAUUUGUUUAUUUUUCCAAUGGAAACACUGUACUGAAAAUGCACUGUUAAGAUUUUGUUGCCAUAUGUGUGUUCAUAUGUCAUUCUGUGCCAGCUUCCUGAUAAAAAACAUGAAAUAAAGCUGAAAGACUAGUUUGUUAGCAAAGAGAUUCCCUUGCAUUGUUUGUUGUUACAAACUCCUACGCUAUGCUGUUUUUGAAAAUGUGCUGUAGCUUUACCAGGCUGGCCACUUGUCUAAAGCACAAUCACUACUCUAUUCAAAUUAUAUUGCUAU